AAGGUGGAUCAUGGCGAGACGAUUAUAGCCGCCGCUCAGCGCGAGACCAUGGAGGAAAUAGGCAUCCCUGCAUCGUCCUAUUUUGUCAUUGGCACACUGCAUCCGAUUUAUUCUUUUGACGGCGGAUCCAAGGUGUUUCCCGUGGUUGCUGUCGCCGAAUCCGCUGUAGAGCCGGUUUGCAAAAGUCCAGUUGAGGUGGCUUCUAUUCAUUACAUGCACCUGUCCCGUCUGCUUCUGGAGUCUGAGCGAACACACUGUCGUCUUAUUAAAAGGCACUCUUUAACAGGUGGUAUGCCAAGUUACUUUCCUUGUUUUUUUGCGAGUGAAUCGCAGGCUGUGGUCUGCGGUGAUGUUUGCCCCACAAAAAAUACACCGUCAAUUCCAGAGGACGGUGGGUUGCUUCCUAUGCUGCGGGAAAAUUUCCCUGGUGAACUCGUCUGGGGAAUAACCGCAUUUAUUACAUGCGAACUUUUAGUGCGUCUUUCCGCCGUGCUGGAGUUGAGUCAUCCCAGUGAAGGAGACGCGAUGGGUUUGCUGAGGUGCAGUUCUGUUGUUGCUCGUGACCCAGAUUGUAUUUACAAGGAAAACUCCAGCUGA